AUGCCGUCCCAAGUUCUUGUUCAAUUCGAGACAGGAGAAUACCUAGACCUAAAGGCAGCGUUUGAAAAACGUCCUAAAGAGGCUCAAGACAUUUAUACGAAGGUUGUGAGUAUGUUCAGGGGGGCGAAUCCUGGAUCCAUUGAAGAGCGCUUUUACACAUAUGGACAAGAGUUUGCUAUUAUCGCGCUCUACAUUGCCACGAAUAAUAACUACAAGGUCUUCAGAGACAUUGGCGACCUUGACGCUAAAGAUCGAGUCAAGCUCAUCAAAGACGUUAUUCGCCUCCCCCAGGAGCGCUACAUAACUAAUUUCACGCCGGGGGCGAAUAAAGGAAACACAACAGCUUAUUCCUCCGCUAGCAAAUAUACGUUCAGAUGCCUCACCGGCCCCUCAACCAGCGAAUCAGCCCUCUCCGAUCUCUCAGGCAACAAGUCCAUUAAAUCCUAG